AUGGAGAGGGAAGAAGGUGAGUGUUCAGGUGUGAGAAACAAGCAGCCGAUUGAGAAGCAAUACACAUGGAAAAAUGCCAUGACUUUUUACAUUUCUAAUAUACAUCCAGAAGUAUCGGAUGGGGAGUUCUGGAUUGAAUGUAGGAACUAUGGACAUUUGGUGGACGCCUACAUAGCAAGGAAAAGAGAUAAAUGGGGAAAAUGCUUCGGGUUUCCGAGGUUUGUAAACAUAAUAGACGGUGAGAAAAUGGCGAAGUCACUAAACAACAUUGAAUUCUACGGAUGGAGAGUAAAAACUAAAGUGGCAAGGUUUGUUAAGAUAGAGAAAAGAGCAGUGGAGAAAAGCAAACAAACAUGGGUCAGAAAAGAAAUAGCAGAAACAGAAGUCAAGAUUGGAAAUGAAUUUGAAGAUCGAUCGAGAAUCAAGGAAGGUUUGUCAUAUGCAGAUUCAGUGAGGGGUAUAAAACCACAAGUGAAUUCAGUGAGGGGAAUAAGACCACAGGUAAAUAAGGAGGAGAUAAUGAUAUUUUCAAACGAGUCAGAAGCUUUCAAGGAAUGGAGGAACAAAGCGUUAUUGUGUGAAUUUCAUAGUAUUGAACACUUGAAGAACGCAGAUAAAUGUGUUAUGGAACUGAGGAUUGAUAAAGGUGUGAUGAGAUACCUAGGUGGGCUAAAAGUACUCAUAACGUUCAGUAAUGAAGAAGAUAUGGAAUCAUUAUCAAGCAAGAAAGAGGAACGUUGGAAAGAAUGGUUUCACAUAAUGGGGGUAUGGAAAGGACAGCUAUUACCAUAUCAGAGAAUAGCGUGGUUAAAGAUCAGUGGGGUACCAAUUCAGCUCUGGAUGGGUGAAGUAAUGAACGUAAUUGCAGGGAAAUUUGGAAGAAUUGUCCAAAGUUCGAAAGCAGAUAAGUUGGACUUAAAUCUGCAAUUCGACGUGGUAGUGUUGGUUUUCGGGACAGAUUGUGUUGGAGAGGAGAUAAAAUCUUCAGAAUUUCAAAAAGAUUGA